AACUUGAAAGUCGAGUGGUGAGGAAUAGAUACGGGAUUACAUCAUAUCAACGUAUUUAACAUAUUUCAAAGGCGGGUGUACUGGAUACAGGUUGCAAAUAUUUCAAUGGACGUUCCCGGUAGAAAAGAAUUGGAAGCAUCCGACAAUGACGAAUCGAUUGUCCAAUGCCAGCCAUAUCAAGGAGACAGCGAUGCUGUGCAAUCAGAGAUGUGCUGUAAGUUUUGUAAUGAGUUUAUAUGUGCAUCAUGUAUCAAGGCACACAGGAAGUUUGUCGGGACGAAGAAUCACAAAGACAAAUUGUCAAAAAGUCUGGAUCAAACCGACGAUUUCACGGAGUUCUGCGAUGUCCAUGAGAACGAGAUAGUAAAGUUUUACUGUAAAGAUCAUGAUAGCGUUAGAUGUGGAGAUUGCAUUGUUCUAAAUCAUGCUUCUUGCAAGGUUCAGCUCGUGUCAAACGUAUCCAGUAACUAUGGCGACUGUGACGAACUUUUAGAAAUCAAACAUAGAAUUGACAAUCUUAGAAAAAAUCUUGCUUCCUGUAUGGAAGAAAUAAAACGCAGUCUUAAAACCGCUGAGGAAAUAAAGACAGAUGCUAUCAGAGAAAUUAAACAGUUCCGCCAGGAAAUUGACAACUAUCUGAACAAAAUGGAAGCAGAUAUUUUACAAAAAGUUGAUGAAGUGAAUGCUAAAGAUGUCUGUUCACAGGAAAAGCUUCAAGAUCAAUGCAAGACACUGACUGCUGAAAUUGAAGAAUUUCAAAAUAAACUUGAACUGUGUAAAGACAACAGUUUAUUUGUCACAUCUAAACGCGCACUGGAAAGACUGCAGAAAUUCCAUGAAAUGAAUGAGGAAAUUUCAGCUAAAAGUCAAAUAAACGCCUUUAAAUUUAAAUCAUCUGAAUAUAUAAAUGCAUUACAAAUACGAAACAGAUGCCUUGGCAAUCUGAGUACACAAAUACAGAGAUUUUCUGGACUUUGUAAAAGAACUCUUAUUGGGUCAAAGGCACAAUUCGUACAGAAAUUUAACAUGCAGGGCAAAAAAGAGACAGACUGUUUCAUAACAGGAAUGACGAUUAUAUCAGAAACUGAAAUUAUGUGUGCGGAUAAGAGCUCAUUAAAAGUCUUAGAUCAUAGAAAGGGUAAAGCAACAUCCAUAUUGAAAUUGUCAAGUCUUCCCGCUGACGUUACAACUAUAAAUUCUUAA